AUGAGUGCAGGCGCGGACCCCGUGGUCAUCGUGUCGGCGGCGCGCACCGCCAUCGGCUCGUUCAAUGGGGCCCUGGCCGCCGUCCCCGCGCACGAGCUGGGCGCCACCGUCAUCAAAGAAGUCCUGAAGAGGGCCGCCGUGGCGCCCGAAGACGUGUCCGAGGUCGUCUUUGGACACGUGCUGUCCGGAGGUGGCGCAUCUGAGUCAUCUAGACGGACCUUCUGAACCGCCUCUGAUUGACUAUGCUUGGAAAGCCAGGUUUCGGGCAGAAUCCCACUCGACAGGCCAGCCUGGGGGCCGGAAUUCCCUUCUCCGUUCCAGCCUGGAGCUGCCAGAUGAUCUGCGGCUCCGGCCUCAAAGCCGUGUGCCUGGCAUGACAGUCCACAGGAGCGGGAGACGCCCGCAUCAUGGUUGCAGGGGGCGUGGAGAACAUGAGCAGGUGGAAAAUGUAGCCAAAAAAUAUCACGUGAGUCUCGAAGAUCAGGACAGGCUGGCAGUCCUGUCCUAGAACCGCACAGAGCGCACGCAAGAAGCUGGCCAUUUGACACAGCGAUUUGCCCGUGUCCGUGCCAUCGGAGAAAGUGCUCAGGGAUUACCGCUGUU